AUGAAAAGCGAACAAACACGUUCACCCGUUAUCGCUGCGAUAUAUGGCGGUGUCGCCGGAGCUAUUUACGGCGGUCUAGCAGGAAUGUUCAUUCCCCCACUGGUCCGGCCUUGCUUCAAAGUCCUAGGCGCCCAACUGAGUCAAGCUCAGUGUGCUCGUAUGGGUGCUCGGGAGUUUUCAGCAUUUACCGCCGCGUUGUUUGGAUUUGAAUCCAUUACGAGAAGCAAAGAUGGUCUUAUGUCUCGAUUGGUCUCAGCAGGAGGUGUUGGGUUGGUAUACUCUUUUGUGAAACAAGGCUUCAACGUACGACCUGCACACGCACUUUCCUACACUGCUGCUUUCACUGUUUUGUCAGGAACAAUGUUUAGGUGA